UAAAAAGCAAUCUUGUCUCUUGAACAUUCCCUCCACUCUCUUCAAUUUCUUUAAUCCCUCGUUAUUAUAAUAUCUUCUCCAUCCAGCAAACUCCCUCCCACCCUCACUCACUUCUUCCAUUUCCCAAAUGUCUGACACUCUCGCCGACCUUGCUUCAUGGCUGCCGUCCGACUUUCUAACCGACGAGGACAACUUUCCCCUCCUUCUCAACAAUCACAAUCCGCAUCUUUUCCCUUACGAAUUCGCCUCCUCUUCUUCCACAGAGUCUGAGAGCGACGAAGAUGACAUCGCCGGUGUAACUCGCCGCUACACUCGCUCUGUUUCCUUACAAGAGCGUAUCAACACUCCUUACCCUUUUGAGAGGGUUUUCUCUGGUUCGCCGGAAUCUACUUUGAACUGGACUGUUUCUGGGCCUACAAAGAGUUAUUCCUCUCCGACAACGCCGCUAGUUCAAGCAGACAAACACUCUUGGGAUCUAGUUUACGCUGCGGCAGGUCAGGUGGCGAGGAUGAAGAUGAAGAUGAAUAACGUCGGAGACAACGUUUUUGCAAACAGAGGUCUAGUCGGAGCCCCACGUCCCCUAGGACCUCCUCCCUCUCACCAUCAUCAUUCUAACUGUGCGAUAUGGAGGACAGAAAGCGAAGAGUUUAUCAGGCACCAACAAUUUCGUCAGAGAGUGGCUGGAGGCGGAGGUCGUUGUGGAGGUGGCCGGCCGGCGGGAUUUCGUCAUUCUCCAUGGCCUCCGCUCCCAGUUGAAAAUCAACGCCUUCAUCAACUCCCGAAUGGGGUCAUAGCCAAACCUGUUCUUGGCGGAUCUGGUGGCCGAUGUGGCGGUGGGACCGCCGUUGUCAAAAGGGAAUGUGCCGGUACCGGCGUGUUUUUGCCCCGGAGAUACUGUAAUGAUCCACAGGAAAUGAAGAAAAAACCUGCAUGUUCGCCUGCUCAUCUGCCAGCUAGAGUGGCUCAGUCAUUCACCAAAAACAUGGACCCCAUUAUGGCACAAGCUCAACCAACCAUCCAUGGCGGAUUUGCCCCACACUACGAAAUUGCAAUUGCUCGAAGGAACGCUGCGAUGUUAGCCCAGCAACGGUGGAGCGCCGCCCUCGUGAGUGUCGUCCCUGAAACGCCGAUGGGACACGCCGAAGUCGUCCUCCCCCAAGAAUGGACGUAUUGAAGAAGGUCAAAAGGGUAGUAGAUAGGAAACAUAAUUGUAGGAAUUUGAAUAGUAAUAGUAGUAUAGGAGGGAUGAAGAAAAAAAUAAAAGGGGAUCCAAGGUUUUGAAUUUUGAAAUAGUUUUUUGUUGUGGGGUAGGUUUUGUUUCUUUGAAAAAAAUGGGGGUGGGUAGUAAAGAAUAAAUAAGGCGUGGGGUUGUUUUUGUUGUAGAAGGGAAAGUGGAAGGGUAUUUUUGGGAUUAUGCGAAAUGGUUUGAAUUUGUCUCUUUUAUUCAAAAUCAAUAAAAGAGGGCUAAAGUUGUUGGUUUGGAAUGGAAUUUGUACCCUUCCAUUCCCUUGUCAGCCAUUUCUCUACCUUCAUGCUUCUGAAUUGUCUUUUCUCCCUUUUUAUAAAAAAACCUAUAUUUUCGACUAUUA